UCCAACCAAAUCAGCAGCUUCUUCCCCGCCGCCGAAACAGAUCUAUCGCCUCCGUCUCCCUCCUCGCCCUCGCCCCCCGCCGCCGCGAUGUCUCGCCGGUACGACAGCCGCACCACGAUCUUCUCGCCGGAGGGCCGGCUCUACCAGGUGGAGUACGCGAUGGAGGCGAUCGGCAACGCCGGCUCGGCCCUCGGCAUCCUCGCGUCCGACGGCGUUGUCCUCGUCGGCGAGAAGAAGGUCACCUCCAAGCUCCUCCAGGCCUCCCGCUCCGCCGAGAAGAUGUACAAGGUCGACUCCCACCUCGCCUGCGCCGUCGCCGGGAUCAUGUCCGACGCCAACAUCCUCAUCAACACCGCCCGCCUCCACGCCCAGCGCUACGCGCUCUCCUACCAGGAGCCCAUCCCCGUCGAGCAGCUCGUCCAGUCCCUCUGCGACACCAAGCAGGGCUACACCCAGUUCGGCGGCCUCCGCCCCUUCGGCGUCUCCUUCCUCUUCGCCGGCUGGGACAAGGUCCACGGCUUCCAGCUCUACAUGAGCGACCCCUCCGGCAACUACAGCGGCUGGAAGGCCGCCGCCGUUGGCGCCAACAGCCAGGCCGCCCAGUCCAUGCUCAAGCAGGACUACCGCGAUGGCAUGACACGUGAGGAGGCCGUCGCCCUCGCUCUCAAGGUCCUCAGCAAGACCAUGGACUCCACCAGCCUGACGGCCGACAAGCUGGAGCUGGCCGAGGUGUUCCUGCAUCCGGGCACCGGGGAGGUGCAGUACCAGCUGUGCUCCCCCGAUGCCAUGGGGAAGCUGCUCGCCAAGGCUGGGCUCACGCAGCCGGCCCCCGAGGAAUGAUCAACCCAGCUGGUUUGCUGUUGUUCUCGAUUUGGGAUGAUAUUAUCCAUGUGAUGGUGAACAAAUUGAUCAACUGGGAUAAUGUCUGUUAAGAGUUGGAAGUCAAUCCAAAUUGUUACUCCUGUUGGUUUGCUUCUGGUAACUCCUGUUAGCCCAUUCUAAAGCCGAUCUAUCUUCAAUAUAUCCAUGUAGCAUGUAGCUCGCCCUGCAGAAGUUCAGUAUUUGUCUAUGGAGUAUGGUCUAUGUCAAGAACUUGAGACCUGAGACAGCAAAUAGAAAGGUUUGACUUGAUUUGCA